AUGAAUCCUCUCAGCAACAAGUUUUUGGGACUUUUCGUCAUUCUCGUUGUAAUGCUCGCUACCUUGACGGCUUCCAGCCCAAUUCCAGAACUCGAUAAAAGGACUCCCGUUCUUCACGUUUCAGCUCCGGGUCCAGGUCGCCGUGCCAUUAAAUCUAUACAAAAUGUCAGCUGGUGGUGUAAUGAAUGUAGUUCAACGGACAAAGUCAUUAUUAAAGUAAAAGACGCCCGCGGCACAUUCGUGACAUUAACUGGUCAUAACGCUAAUUCUGGCACGAAAGACUUUGUCAUCGACCCAAGUUGGGCUAGACCAGGGUUUACGUACUUUGUUGAAGUGUUCCUCAAAAAGAAUCCGUCUAUUAAUGGAGUCAGUAACUCAUUCGAGGUGUUCGCGACAAAGGGAUAA